UCUCAAGAAAAUGUUCACAGUUGACUGGUUUUGUUUUCUAACGCAGGCUUUACGUGCACUCCUCCAUGUGAACCUUCGCGCAUGUGUGCGCGAUGACGCGUUUGAUUGCUUCUUUCUGAACAUAACGCCACCUGCUGUACUGGAUGUAUGAAUACACUCUCUCAGGGCAUAAAUGAGCAGAGGAAAGGUCACCAGAGCUGCCAACAGAGUAUUAAAACAGCUGUGGGAUUGUGUGCGGUUUGGUCCAACAGAUGGCAGUAGCAGCCCCCACUCACAAAAAGGCGGAAGACGAAGAAGAAGACGACGAAGAAGGAUCCAGGCUGAUGAGUUGUUAUUGUUUACAAUCAUUGACAGCUGAGAAGCCUUUGGAGUAAUGCGAGCUCCUCUGCGCUGGGUGCUAUGGGAUGUGAAGGACACACUGCUAAAGGUGCGUUCAUCUGUGGGAGAACAGUACUGUAAAGAGGCAGAACGUAUGGGCUUGAGCAUCAGUCCUGUGGAGGUCGACGCUGCUUUUCGGCAGGUUUAUCGACAGUAUUCCAGUACAUUCCCAAAUUAUGGCAUCCAUCAGGGUCUGAACGGACAGUCGUGGUGGAAGGGUGUGGUGCGUGACACUCUCUCCCAGUGCGGUGUACAAGAACCAGCCUUGCUAAACACAGUAGCCAACAAUCUUUACCAGAACUUUUGCAACGCAGAUAACUGGGAGGUAUUUCCAGACUCAAAGACAGCCCUGGAGAGUUGUUCUUCUCUUGGACUGAAGCUGGGUGUAGUGUCCAACUUUGACAGCCGUCUAGAAGCAAUUUUACAUGUUUGUGGGCUGCUGUCGCACUUUAGCUUUUUAAUAACAUCAGAAGAGGCCGGUGUAGCAAAACCCAGUCCUGCCAUCUUUGAUCAGGCACUGCAAAAAUGCGGCGUACCAGCUGAUAGUGUAGCCCACAUUGGGGACCAUUAUGUGAAUGAUUACCUCACUUCGCGGUCUGUGGGCAUUCAUGGGUUCCUUUUAGACAGACAUUGCAAGCAUGACCAGUUAGAUGUUCCUCAAGGGCAUAGGCUGAGCUCAUUGGACGAGCUGCCAUCACGGCUUCAGCAGCAUAUGAACUAAUGUCAGUCAUGGACAGAUCUACCCAGAACGACAGUGGUUCAUUUAUGGAAAUCUUUUCUGGGACGUUGACCUGAGUGAAUCCAACUACUUCAUCUCCAUGUAGCAAAUUGAAUGCUGACAGAAACAGAUUGAUAAAUCCUGAAGAUUGUGGGUUGUAAUAUCGUGUAUAACUGUGUGUAAAUUGUUCAACUUUCAUGCUUUUUGAAAUAUGUUGGAAGCAAUAAAGGUCUAA